AUGGUGCUUUACAAAGGGCCGCGGCUACUGGAGUUUGCCAAGACCCCGACACAUCUUCAGUUCAACAAAUACGUCCUGACAGGUUACCGGCCAGUGUCCUCGGCUCAGGAGUGCAUGAGGAGCCUCUUUUACAUGCACAAUGAGCUUGGAAACAUCUACACACAUGGUAAGUCUAGAUGUUUGCCAUGCAUUUGUACGCUUUAAGUAAUUUUGAGAGUAGCUGAGUACACUGAGGAGUAAAUGUAAGAGUAUCAACAGAUGUGUCUGACUACACUGAAUUAUGUGGAAUGCUUAAUAAUUCAGGGCACAUUCUCCCUAUCUUUUUGUUUCAUAAACCCAUACAUGUGGUGUGCAACUCAAACAGGACACAGAUAUCAACUACUCUCACUCAUGGCCUGUAGCAAGCAUGACAAGAGUGUGUAAUGAGGAUAUGGGGCAUUAGCUGUAAUCUGCCCUGGGAAUCCCUGUCCUGGAAAUAACCUUCAGGUAAUUAGGUCUUUCGAAGGUGUGUGACACUUUUCAGUUCUGAGUGCUCAAAUACACUUUAACAAGACAAGCUUCCAGGAGGUUGCACAGACGGCAGGAAGAUUCAGAAUAGUGAAGGGGAGAUCAGUUUUACAUAAGUUAUCUUGACAUGAGGAUCACAAACUUGUCUUCAGUUUUAUUUAAACAUGCAAAAAUGCAAAUGUCGCAAUGCACCAGGGUUUCACAGCCUUCAACUUUCAAAGCUAUCCUCUUUGCUCCGUUUUCCCCUUGGAUAUCCCAUAAGUUCAUUAAGGCUAACACUCUUACUAAGAGGAAGUGUGGGGUAUUAUCUGUAGAGCACUUCCCAGGAACUUGUAGCCAAACGCUAUAAAUUUCACAUGGUUCCUGGCACAGAAGCAUAAGGAGGAAGUAAUGUCAGACAGUUCUCCAGACAUGUUCAUUUUCAUUUUCCUCUUGCAUCUCACCUCUCUCCCCUAUUUUCUCCAAUUCUUCUGGUUACCUCAGGCAUCCCUUUUUUUCUUUUCCUGGUGCUGCUGCCUUUCAGUAUCCCCUGGGAGGAGGUGGACAGCAUUUGGAUCUGUGUGGUCCACUACCUGGCCUGCCUCAGCCCCACCAUAGGCUCAGUGGUCUACCAUGUCUUCAUGAACCAUGUGGGUGGAGAGCAUGUGUAUGACACCCUGCUCUCUCUAGACAUGUUUGGGGUCUGCCUGGUAAACACCCUCGGUAGGUAGUUGAUGCCUGUUAGCUUUUCUCUGUUUUGUCUGAAUCAACACAGCUGCUUUACAGCUAAUAAAGAAACUCCACUUUGUGUGUACUUGUAUGCUUUCUAAAAGGCUUUGGCUACAUUUCUCAGAUCAACACAUGGAGUUUGUUCAGUGGUUAUUUGAGGACACCUGUUUAGGUAAAUAGCCAAUAAAAAUUAAGUCCUAGUAAUGUUUGCGCUGUCAUUCUCAGCUCUCCCUUUUUCAAGGAUUGCUAAGUCAAAACACUAUGAGAUGAUGAGUCUGAACAUCUCCAGGAGUGCAGUGUUUGCAUUGAAGAGGCUUGUUUGAGUAAUAUGAGUACUUGGGCGUCUUCUUUUGGUAGCGUUUCACCAGAAAGACUAAUAUAGCCUCAAGUCCUUCUUGCGAAUAUGAAGUUUAAUUCUUUGCUGAUAAACUCAGGCUACAACAAGGUUAAUUUCAAGUCCUCUUUUUUAAAUUUAUUAAUAUUGUCUCUUCACUGGUAUAAAUUCUCUCUUGUCACCAGGUGCACUUCCCAUAAUCCACAUCACCCUCCUUUGCUACCCCACCUUGCAACAGACUGCCCUGCUGACGUACGUCCUCCUGUCCACCUAUGGCAUUUACUGCGCCACCACAGCCCGCACAAACGUCCUGCGCUUGCGAGCGUUCGUGUGGCAGGCCCUGUUCCGCUUCAGCUUGUUCCUGUUCCGGGUUUUCGGCAGCGGGGUGGGCAGCCCUAACUCCCUCAGGCUCUUUGUCAUCAUGGACUCCCUGGCUGUGGCAGGAGGACUGGUCAACAUCAUCCAGAUCCCUGAGCGUUUUGUUCCAGGCUUGUUUGACAACUGGGGGAACAGCCAUCAGAUCAUGCAUGUCAUGGUCAUUUGCUCUAUUAUCUACCUGCACUGGGGCACACUAGAGGAUUUGGCUUGGAUUAAGACCUACCAGUGUCCUACUGAGUGA